CCGGAAGCGGAAGUGGGGCGAAUGUCGGCUUGUCGCUCAAGUGGCUGCGUUGCCUUGGAGAGCUGAAGUGGCGGGCGAUCCUUUGGCCGCGGUGUGGGCCGGAGAUCGAAACAGCGUAAACAUUAACGGCGGCAGCCGCGGCAGAUCGCUCGCAGGUCCCGCACGCCCGAAUCACAAAGCAGGCGGAGAGUAGAGCGACGAGAAGCUGAAGUUAGGGUUAGGAGAGGCGGGGGGUGGGAGUACUGACCACCGCUUGGCCGAGGAAGACGGCAAGUGCGGCACGUGGGGCUACCUACCGAAUACGGAUGGGGCUUCAGGCCGUGCGUAAGGAUGAAGAGAAGGAACUCUUGGUCCCCUCGCUUCUCAAGGACGAGGCUCGUGUGGCCUGAGCCAAAUCUUUCUUCAGAGGUAGAGGGUCUCUGAGAAUGUGGGUGCAGAAAUUCUACUCGGCCUGCCGAACCCAGCUGAAUUUCAGGAUGACAGACACUUCUGAAGCUGUUCCCAACUUUGAAGAGAUGUUUGCCAGCAGAUUCACAGAAGCUGACAAAGAGUACCAGGAGUACCUGAAACGCCCUCCCGAGUCCCCGCCGAUCGUGGAGGAAUGGAAUAGCAGAGCCGGUGGGAACCAGAGAAACAGAGGCAAUCGGUUGCAAGAUAACAGACAGUUUAGAGGUAGGGAUAGCAGACGGGGGUGGCCAAGUGACAAUCGAUCCAAUCAGUGGCACGGACGAUCCUGGGGUAACAAUUACCCGCAGCACAGACAAGAACCUUACUACCCCCAUCAAUACGGACACUAUGGUUACAACCAACGGCCUCCCUAUGGUUACUACUGAUGGAAACGUCAGCAGCUUUUUGUGAAAUCAUUUCCUCUGUUAACAUGACAAAAGUUUGUGUGUAUCUUCUGUUGGUCAUAGUUUUAUAUCUGAUUUCAGAGAGUGGAUUAUAAACUUUUUGGAACUUGUGACUUAAAAAAAAAAAAAAAAAAAAAAAGAUCUUACUAGAGAUGUGCUGGUUCAGUAUUCCCCUAAAAAGGUUGUGGAUUCCAUUGCCUGACUUCUACCUCAGAUUCUUCUUUGUUUCAUGACUUAAUAGUGCUUUGAAAUUGGUGUCUGUGUCCCUUGUUUGACCUCCAGGAGUUCUUUGUUUUACAGAGAAAUAAAAAUUAUAAAGUGGAAAA